AUGAAGACCACAAACAUCGUCCUCGGUCUGCAGUCAGCUGUCGUUUGCGCAGCAUUCACUCUGCCAGACAACUUGCCCAACGGCGUAUACCAUGCGCAUGUGGACGCUCAAGGUCUUGAAGUGACGGACGGAGUCACUGUUGAUUACAACACCACAGUAACUCCCCAGAAAACGACAAGACAGCUCAAGUCUCGUCAAACCAAAGACGAGGGUGGAUGGGACCGAGACCAACCAGAGAUGUGGUGUGGAUGUGGUCUUUCUAUGAACCAUGGAAACUGCGAUACUGCUGUUGAUAUGCUCAAGGCACAGUUUUCUAACUCCGAUGGCGGCGUUGGUGAGGUCACUCAAGCCUGGUAUUCUAUUUGGGGUGAUGUGUGUGGCUGCGGCAUAAAAGAUCAAAUUCUUAUCAGUCAGAUUGACGAUUUCCUGAAGAGAGUGAGCAAGGACACACAGAACUUGUUCCCUCAGCUCGACAAGACGGACAGUUGUUGCCUCAUUUAUCACGUGUAUGGCGAGUACGGCGUGAUAAGUCCGUUGGAGAGACAUGUUGCAGCCAAUCCCCAUGAGAUUGCAGUUUUGGGCGACGUUGUCGCUCCUACGCAGGACAUGGCAUACAACAUUGCCAACAAUGCACGAGCCUCUAUCCUUCAUUUCUCCUAUCUUGGUCAGAUAGCCUCGACCGGCGGCUUUGCCAAUCCACUACCCCCUCAUAAAUAG